GACAGCCGGCGAGCCUUUGAAAGUCUUGAGUCUGACUUCAGCCCCUGGAGAGACCAUGUCCGCUGUAACAGGCAAACUGUACUCAGCCCUAAUCUCGUCUAAAACUCAUUUUCCAUGAACUAACAGUGACGCGGGGCCCCCAGGAUGGCCAACUCGGGCGCCGUUCAGGUGAAACUGGAACUCGGUCAUCGCGCCCAGGUCAGGAAGAAACCCACGGUGGAAGGCUUCACCCACGACUGGAUGGUGUUUGUCCGAGGACCGGAGCACAGCAACAUCCAGCACUUCGUGGAGAAGGUGGUUUUCCACCUGCACGACAGCUUCCCCAAACCAAAAAGAGUGUGCAAGGACCCGCCAUAUAAAGUGGAGGAGUCUGGAUACGCAGGCUUCAUUCUGCCCAUUGAAGUUUACUUCAAGAACAAGGAAGAACCGAAGAAAGUCCGCUUUGAUUACGACCUGUUCCUCCACCUGGAGGGUCACCCGCCUGUCAAUCAUCUCCGCUGUGAGAAGCUCACCUUCAACAACCCGACGGAGGAGUUUCGCAGGAAGCUGCUGAAGGCCGGAGGGCAACGGGAUCCUCACAAGAGAAGUUCAGAAGAAUCAAAAGUGAUGGUAAUGCAGGAGGGCUCAACCUCACUUUUCGGCCAGCACCUCAAGCUGCCCACGCUUCCAAACAGCUCGCUGACGUCCUCCUUCUCCGACCCAAAGAAGAGCAAAAGCUUCCACGGAUCAAAGGAUGGCUCCAGAGGAAGCGGAACUACCCUACUCACUACAGCCACAACCACCAGCACCAACAGCAGCAGCUUCUCCAAACUCCACAAACCCUCCAAGGACCACAAAGACAAGCCACCAAAAGAGCCCAAAAGUGCCUUCAGAGACUCAGGCUGGGAACCCAGCAAAGCUCCCAAAGAACCUUCCAGGAAACCCAAAGAGAACCAACCACUUAGAGAUAACAAUCCUAAGACUGGCUUCAAGGAGCCCAAGUCCUUGUCCAAGGAGCAUCGGACCGAGGGCAUGACCCUCGGGCCGGGGUUACACAAGCGCCUGUCCUCCCACGAAAGUGACGAUCACGUGACCAAAAAACGCAAAAAGGGAUUUGUGGAUACUCCGGGGAAGCAGCUGUCGGGUUCAGACGCUCAGCAUUUGGAUAAUAAUAAAAUCUUGAAGGACAGAUCGCACGUGCGGACGAGUAAAUUACGAGCGGACAGGGACGGGGACGAGGCGGAGCGCAGGAAGGCGCCGGCGCCCUUUCAGGCGCUGGUGGACCCCAAUGACUCGGACAUGGAGGAUCAGUCCGCAAAGUCAGAUUCUGAACAGCCCAGUCCAGCCAGCUCCAGCUCCAGUUCAGGCUUUGCUCCCACACACCACAAGCGACAAGUGGUGGACUUCAUCAUCAGGAAAAGGGUGGCUAUACCGGCCACCACCCACACAGUGCUGGGCCCGCUGCAGUCGGUGAUGCAGGAUCUGCACUCGGACGACAACGACGGCGAUUCAGAGGACGACGACGACAACGACAUGGACUCGGACGCAGAGCGACCGGCGCACACGCAUCUCACGCACCACCAGCGCAGGGUCAGUUUAAGUGACGGCAGCGAGAGUGACAGCUCCUCCCCCUCACCCCCGCCCCGGAACGAGGCCCCGCCCUUAUUAAAGACUACUAAUAACCAGAUACUGGAAGUGAAGAGUCCCACCAAGCAGAGCAAGCAGGACAAGAACAAAAACACAGAUUGUGACAAGGCUUACCUUGAUGAGCUUGUGGAGCUGCACAAAAGACUGAUGACACUAAGAGAAGGUCACAUACUGCAACAGAUUGUAAACCUCAUUGAAGAAACUGGACAUUUUCACAUAACAAACACUACUUUUGACUUCGACCUUUGCUCCUUGGACAGAAGCACAGUCAGGAAGCUCCAGAGUUACCUGGAAACCUCUGGUCUGUCCUGAAGCACUGAGCAGCUGGCUGCUGGAUCUCUGCCUCCGCUCUCACUUUUUCUUGAAUUAAAUCCCCGACUCUGGAUGCGAUUCAAAAACGCCUUCGCUGCGUCCGGGUCCAGACGCCGCGCGUCCAGCCUCCUGAGGUCUGUGGGCCGGGUCGUCCCCGCUGCAGAAACCAGUGCCAGGUGUCAUAGGGAUGAGCCCUGUGGAUCAGGACGUCACCCGGAAAGCCUUGAAAACUUGAUUUAAGAAGAAAAAAAAAAACUAAAAAAAAAAAACUAGUGAAGAGCAGCGACUGUGUUGCUCUUAAUGAAUGUGCAUUUUGUUACCAUGUACGUUUCUGGAUUUGUUGUUCGUUGUGACAAAUGCAUGGUCAACAUUGCCUUACAACAUUGUAAGUCUUAUUUAUUGAAUUUAAUUUGCAGGUGUGUGUGUGUGUGUGUGUGUGUGUGUGUGUGUGUGCGUGUGUGUGUGUGUUUGAAGUAGUAAAAGAGAAAAUGAGACUUUGUUGAAGCACUUCACAUCCGUGUGACGGCUUUUUGACACUGAGGAGGACGGGAAUCAAAGGCGGAGUCGGUUCAGUGGGAACGAAAAAACUCAACGAUUCCUUCUCACCAAAAAAGAAAAAGAAAGAAAGAAAGAAAAUAAAAAGCUUUCUGCAGCCGAGCAGAGACACUCCCACGCUGUGUGAGUGUUCGUGGAAAUUCAGAUAUUCAAAUCAGCUCCAUGUCGAUUCAAAAUUUUUUUAAAAAAGAAAUUAAAAAAAUGAAUUUUCCUGGUCCUGAGGAGCUGCCGCUCAGUCACGCCCCCACAUUGCCGGACAGAAAUCGCUCAAGGACUUUACGUAAUUAUAAUUAUAGGAGCCAGUCUUAUUUUUUCAUUUUUAUUAUUUUUAUCGAUUUUUUUGUUUGUUUUUUUGUGCGACCUUGCUGGAAAAUUGCACAAUUCUCACACUUUGGCUCCCCCUAGUGGUUGAAUUUGAAACUAAACCGUUGCUGAUUCGUCGUUUUCUGCAAAUUUUUAAGUUAAGUUUUAAAUCAACUCCUUCACACACACAUUUCACUUUUAAAGAAGCAGCUGUUAGAAGAUUCCUAUUGGUCAGAAGUCCUGUCAUUCCCAAUUUCUUUUUAUUUUAUUUCAGUAAUUUGCGGCUGCUGGACUUCACUGAAUUAAAAAAAAAAAAAAAAAAUCUCAUGAGAAAAAUAAAUAAGUGAAUUAAUGCAUUUAAUUCAGGAUCAAUGUGCUGCAGCUGAGUGAAUGAAGCUUUCUCUCGUGUGGAGCUCAUACUCUGCCAAAAGUUAACGGAUUCAUUUGUUCCAGGAUCUUGUUUGUCUACUGAAUAUAACUAAAAGAGGAAUGAUUGUUUUUCCAGUGAAGAAGAAGAAUCUGUCGUAAUCAUUUCAGAAACCACAGAGAGGCUGCGUGAGGACGUGUUGGGGGCAAAAAGUGAAUAAAAGGGCUCGGGUAGGGGUGUAAAAAGAAAAACUUUUAUUUAUUUUGUGGGAGUUUGAUCAAAGCAUUAAUUUUCCAAUCGUAGGAGGAGGAGGAGGAGGAGGAGCCUGGUUAGAUUUGUCACAGAGGGACAUAUUUACCAGUCAAAUUCCAAAUUACCUUUUAAAAAGGGUUUUUCUUACCCUCUGCUUUGUCUUAUGGUUUCUUGUGUAAUUUUGAGGACAUUGAAUAAAUCUUCUGUAUGACGUACAGACGA